CCUUUCGACCUUAAUUUCUCUUCUUCUCCGUCAUCCUCCUUUCUUUACCCACUCUUGUUUUUACUAGUUCUUCCUUCCUUGUGUUCAAAGCAACCACUAGGUUUUGGUUUUAGGGGUUCUCUGCUCGUGUUUUCAUGUGAAACUGUUAUUCGCGAGAAGGAAUAGUAAAACAAAUAGAAAUAAAAAAUGAGUUGCAACGGGUGCAGAGUCUUACGAAAAGGCUGCAGUGAAACCUGUAUUCUUCGCCCUUGUUUACAGUGGAUUGAAAGUCCUGAAGCUCAAGGCCACGCCACUGUCUUCGUCGCUAAAUUCUUCGGCCGCGCUGGCCUUAUGUCUUUCAUUUCUGCUGUCCCUGAAACCCAGCGUCCCGCUUUGUUUCAAUCUCUAUUGUUUGAAGCGUGCGGAAGAACUGUAAACCCUGUAAACGGCGCUGUAGGACUUCUAUGGACUGGGAACUGGCAUGUUUGUCAAGCUGCCGUAGAAACCGUCUUACGCGGCGGCACACUACGGCCGAUGCCUGAGCUACUCGCCGGAUCUUCUCCAUCUCCGGCUUCGGAUGAAACUUCCGAAGCUGAAGUAACCUGUACGGACAUGUGGAAACUUCAGGAUCCAAAUCCUCAUUCUCGUUUCUCUAAUUCAAGAUCCAAAAGCUCACCGAAACGGAAAAGAAUCAACAACAACGAAACUUUAACCAUAAACAAGCAGCAGCUACCGAAACCGUUAUACUUACCGUCAAAUGAUCUGGAUCUUCGCUUAACGCCGAGCUUUUCUCCGAAAAACUCACCGAGGAAACCUGAACUCCGGCGGCCGGGAACUCCGUCGAUGAAUUCGGAGGAAUCGGUGACUACGACGUGUUUUGAUAGUGGAUUUGGAGAUCAAUACGGAAAUGGAGGAGGAGAUAGAAAGCUGCUUAAUCUGUUUGUUUAAGCGGAGAAAUUUGAAUAUAAAUAUAUUAUAUAGAGAGAGUUUGUGAAUCUGACGUUCACUUCUCCAGGGAGAGAUUUGGAGCAACUAGUUUAAAUCUCUCUCUGUUUAGUUUUCUUUUAUCCUUUAAUUUUGUUAUAAUUUUUUGUUAAUUUCCCGGAAUCUGAUGUUUAUCCGGCGAGUUUUUGUAAGUUACCGGUAGAGGAUAUUCUCUUUGUCCACUGUUUAAGAGAACAAAUGAAUUUGCCGGUGAUUUUUUUUGUUUUA